ACCUAAAUACACGAGAGCUUAUCAUGUGGCACACGUAAGGUGAUUGACUGCACAAGAUGAGUUUGGGGAAAUUUCUGCCAAAAAAAAUAAAACCAAGGAGUCAAUGAUCAGCUUCAGUGUAAGCUUGACUGCAUUCUACAUAUUCAGCGCUUAUCAGCACGAGGCUGCGCUCUCUGUCAUUAUCUAACGUUUUGACCUCGUAAUAUUGCCUUGUUAAUCGUGUGUAUUGGAACACAGUGUACACUGAUCUAUGGCUGAGUGAACAUCGAGUACGAGCAGAGGAUUACUUUUAAACUUUGUUCCCGCUAAUCCUGGUUAUUCCGGAUGUCCCGGGGUAUUUCGACCAUUCACGUGUUUCGCUUUCAGGGAUUUUUCUGACAAUGCUAAAUUUAACUUAUGAAGGAGGGAGUAGCCCGCUGUUCGGAUAAGGACAAAUCAGAUGAAACUGACUGAGGAGAGAAAUGGACUUAGAACAACAAGCCUUACAAGGAAACGAUGAAUGGGAAAGGUUUGAAAAAUCAGAGACGAAACCAGAUGGAUUUAAGGCAUUCAAGAAAACAUUGAAAGAUUUUAUUGGUUUAAAGUCAAAGAAGAAAGGCGGACAUGGCGUUCCUUAUCAAACCCAGAUGGACGAUGACGAAAGAAGCCACGUGAUCAGUGACACCAAAAAAGAAUCACAAACAGCAUCCAACACACCGGAAGUUCCACAGAAACUGCAAAACAACGAACUCUCUUGGUCCUACCCAGAGUCGUCGAAUCCAAGAUCUCAGCAAAGUCACAAUGAAAUAGCUGAAGACAACACAUACAGUUUUCGUCACGAGAAGCGUGGGUUUGCUGUUCUCGUCAUCAACAGUGAAUUCGACACUCAAUCGGACAGAGAGAACGCCGUUUGGGAUAUAUACUAUAUGAGGAAAAUGUUUUCAGAAAUGGGAUUCGAUGUGAAAAUACUUCAAAAUCUUACUUCAAAUGACCUUCUAUCGAAAUUGAAAAGAAUACAACAACAAAUCACCAUGGAAUCUGGCUGUUUCGCUUGCGUCAUCAGCUCUCACGGGAUGGAGGGUCGGGCUAAAGUCAGUGGACUGAAAGGCCGUGAGCCCUUCGUCCGGACAGAACAUUUCGUGUACACAAAAGACGGGGUAGUUAGGACUAGCGAACUUCUGGAGCUCUUUAAUGACUGCAACUGUCGAAAUCUGAAAGGAAAGCCGAGAAUGUUCUUUAUUCAGGCCUGUAGAAGUAGACUAGACGUACAAAAGGAUGACGAAGUGGACAUGGGUGUAGAGAUACCGGUCAGACUUGUUCACUCCACAACUAACAAAGACACUACCUCAGAUGCGGGAGGGAUAUAUGACGAUUAUACCGACAGACAAUCUGAAGAUUUUUUCGUAGCUAGUCUUGAUCCACAAUAUGAAAACAUCCACGUCUAUGGUUUAUCUCGUAAGUACACUGGUAAUUACAUCCAAACCGGAAAUCGGUACUCGAUAAACACGAGGAGUCCGGAAGCAAGAGAGCCCCCUCGUCGUACAACAACUUACAAAGUUCAAAAACCGGAAACUAAACCAGAAAACAUUGAGGUCUUCCAGAUCCCAUGCUUCAACGACUUUCUUGUCAUGUUUUCAUCUGCUGCAGGUACAAUUGCAUGGUCUGACUCAGGGAAAGGUGGCUGGUUGAUGUACACUCUGUAUCACGUGUUCAAUGACGUCACUUACACAGACAAAGACCUGUUGACUACUCUAACGGGUGUUUGUGGGAUGAUGGCGACUGAAAUGCAGACAUACUGCCCCAGCAAUCUUCGCAACGACAAAGCCAAGUCCGCAGCAUGUGUGUACCACAGACUGUCAAAAGAUAUUUAUCUACAACCAUCCUCCUACGUAUGAAAGAAAUUGAGGGGGGGGGGGGGUAGAAGAGCAGGACAGAGAACUUACAGUAAGAGAGAUUGAGAUAGAGAGGAGGAAAACAGAGAGAGAGAGA